CUCGCGCGUGUCACUGGCAAUCUUUAAUAGCCAAUAAAAAUAAUAGUGAAAUGUCAAUGCAAAAGUGGCGUAAUAAAAAGUGGCGGGAAAUCUAAUGAACUUAAAUUAAAAUUAAAGUGCUUUUCGUUGCGGAGGAGUAAUUAAAAAGUCAACAAAGCAUGAAAUUGUGAAAACUAAAGCUAAAGUCGCAAUUUUGCUGCCGUUUGAAAAAUUAUUCAGCGCUUUUUGCUUUAUGAGUUUAAUUUUAAAUGUGGAGUUUUGAUAGUUGAAAGUACAGGUUAUAAAGAUGAUAAUUUUGACAGCGUUUUAUUAAUAUUGCAAAUUGUUUUUUACUGUAAUCUGUGACGAUAAAAGUAUAUUCUCUUAAAGUUGUCAGUGAAUAUUGGAAAAAGUUUUCUUUCAUAUAAGUUUGAGCGGGUAAAACUUGUUGUCGUAAAAGUUGUAUAAUAUGUAUACAAAUGGCGGAACGGGAAGAUGAAAUUUAUAAUAAAGAAUACAGAAGAAUAAGGCGAAUAACCACCGAUCUUGCUACACGACAGAUUUCUUCAGAAUAUGGCCUUACAGAAGAACAAGUAGCAGAGUUCAAAGAAGCCUUCAUGUUGUUCGAUAAGGAUGAAGACGGGACCAUCACAAUGGCUGAACUUGGGGUUGUCAUGCGGUCAUUAGGACAGAGACCAUCAGAGACUGAGCUAAGAGAUAUGGUAAAAGAAGUGGACCAAGAUGGCAACGGAACCAUUGAGUUCAACGAAUUCCUUCAGAUGAUGUCCAAAAAGAUGCGAGGGGCAGAUGGUGAAGAUGAGCUAAGAGAAGCAUUUAGAGUAUUCGACAAGAAUAACGACGGGUUGAUAUCUUCAGUGGAGCUGCGACAUGUCAUGACGAACCUUGGUGAACGACUGAGUGAAGAAGAGGUGGAUGACAUGAUCCGUGAAGCAGACCUUGACGGUGACGGUAUGGUCAAUUACGAUGAAUUUGUGACAAUAUUGACGUCGAAAAACUAGUAUGCAGAAAAACCUAAAAGAGAUCUGCCCCCCGGGGGACCGUCCCCAUAUCCCCACCGGGAGCUGUCACAACUGGGGGGUAAAGAAACUCUCAUAUAGCUCGUUCAGUGCGAACAGUGAUGUGUUUUAUAAUGCUUUGCUGAGUAUACGUUGGUGUGUAGAUAAUUGGACUGAGUGGUUUCUUUAAGAACAUACUAAUAUUAUGUUUGCUUAAUUUUCUUUUAAUGUAACUAAAAUAUAAAGCUUCAGGGAUAAGAUGAAGACAGACUUAGAGAGGUUUAUACUCAAAUCCAGUAGAUUUAUUUAAUUACAAGAGCCAAUUAUUUAAGCCUAGAACUGUAUUUUCUAGUGUCUGGCAUACAUUGACAUAUAUAUUUAUUAAGACAUUUCAAUAAUUGGUUAAUUCUUAUUUACUGGUAAUACUAAUAUUUAUGACAUCGACUUUCUGACUGGCCAAGAAAGAUGUAUCUGUCGUGAUGCAAUCAACAUAGUUUAUGGUCCUCCUGGCCGGAACUGCUUUUUGCAAAUUUGAACGUGUUAACUUUCACAUGUAUCAUAUUUCAUCACUUUGAUAUCCGUAUCUACCGUGAUGGAAUAAAUUAAGUUUGUGGUCCACCGAACAGAAACUCUUUUUUUAAUACCAAUUCAAAUUAUUAAUUUCCAUUUAUCUCUAUUUGGGGAAGAGAAGUAAUACGGUUAAAGAAAACACUUAGUACAAUCAAAGUAUAAAUAUUUAGAAGUGUGUUCGUAGUAACUAUGUUAUGUACAAUCGGCUUUAAUUACUUAUUACGUGUAAAAAAAUUCUAUUGAACUAUUUUAAUUUAUGUAUCGAUUGCUAAUGAAUGAAACUUUAAUUAUUAUGUUAAUUACAUAAUUAACAAUAAUUAAAGUUGUUACAAUCCAAGUAUUUGCAAUUCAAACAAUAUUGUUACAAAAUUAAACACAGGUAAUUAGUUAAGAGCUGAUUGUACAACAAAGACGCUUAGAGUGUGUGCAAGAAUAGUUUUAAGAUAAGUGUAUAAGAAAGUGUUCAAAUAAAUGGAUAAAGAAUUUAUAAUAAGCAUUUUCUCUGUGUAAGGUUGUUAUACAAAUCGGUGUAUUAUCAAACAUUUGCCUAUUACAUAAUUAACGACUUUUAUGAAGCUGAUCUAUGAGAAAAAAUGUCCUUAGCAGUAAUAUAUGUAGGCAUAUCUCAACCCCAUAUUCCCAUGAAGCGAUUGCUGAGUCUUGUGAACUAUCUGUAUCCAGGACAUAAGAUAAUUGCGUGAGAGCUUGAUGGAGUUCGUUGAAGUCGGGAUCAAUUGAAUUUGAAUUCGCCCUGACGUAGAAAUACCACGAUAUAGACGUUAUUAAAUGUAAUUAAACGUCUGGGUCGAAUAGUUGCUUGAAAAUAUUGCUAAACGACGUCAUAUAAGAUAACAUGGUAAGAAGUUAUGUAAAGUACAUUUUUUGUAUAAAGCUUCUUCUUUGCAUUAGAAAAGAAGUUCAUAUAAAAAAUGCACAUUAUAUUUAUUCUAAAACAUACUUAACAUGUUCACUGCAUAAGUUUUUGUCCUUUUAUGAUCUUGUUCAUAAAAAGCCUUUUUAUCUUACGCUUAAAAGGUUUUUAAAAUCAAGUAAACAUAGACAAAAGACGAUAGCGGUUAAUUUAUUUCCCGGUAUUAGAUUUUUUUACUAGGAAUUAAUAUUUUAGACAUAAAGAGAAUUUAUAGAUAGCAGAUUCAAUAAGCCUGCGUCAUUGUCAGUAGAUACGCAACUAAAGUUGCCUGUCUAUUCUUAGAAGUAAAAUCGUUCUUUGCUUAUUUCACAUGAAUUGUAAUUCCAUGAAUUUAAUUUAAAAAAAUUUACACUCGUAACCUCUUCCGAAUUCAUUUAGAAGAGGUUAAGUUACAUAUAUAAACCUAUUUAAUAAUUAUUAAUUUAUCUUAUUUGAACUUAAAUCUCACUCAGUCAAUCAUUUUUGGCUUUCCAAUUGUAACAAAAAGGCAUUGAAUUUUGUAUUAUCAAUUUCGUUUGAACAUUUAGAUUACAUUAAAGCCGCGUAUCCACUAGGCAACAAUUGACGCGCAACAUGUUAAAAGUCAGCGCGGAAUGAUGCUCUUUAAACAAACAUCACGCCGCGCGUCAUGUUGUGCGGCAGCUGGCAACGUGGCGCGCUGUUGUGCAGUGUUGCCGUACAUGUUGAGCGUCACGUGUCGUGCGCCAAAUGUUGACAAGGGGUAACGCGGCUUAACUCACAUAAUUAAGUCUAUUCUCUAUUCAGCAAUUAUUAAUUAAUUUUAUUUAAACUAAAAUCUCACAUAGCCAACCAUUCUUGGCAUUGGUAAAAAUAGGCAUUAUUUGAAUCUUGUAUCUCUUCGUUUUACAAAUAUCGGCUAGGAACAAUUAUAUAUAAGUUAUUUAUAAUUUUUGAUGGUCUUCCGAAUGAAUAAUGAAUUGGCCAAAAGUUCAUUAGGGUUCAAUGUGUAAUAUUAACAAUAGAUUAGGACUGCGUGUGUCAUAGCUUGUAUAAGUUGUAUGUUAACAAAAAGGGUAUAUAUGUUAAAUUUUUGAUGAAGAUGUAAAAUAUAGAGAAGAGAUUUGGGUAUUUGGGAAAGUCAUACAUUUUUGAUAGUCGUAUAGAUCUCUUUUUGUAUGCCCACCCUAACUAAACAUGUAAAUCUCUUUGCGUUAAAGCAAUGUUAAUUGUAUAAAUGUUGAUACUCUAGCCAAUGUAUUAAGUUUAAGGCCUAUUCGCCGACAAAUAUAAUUUAUUAUUUUCAAUUAUAUACUGUUGUGUGACAAAUAUAUCUAGAGGAAAAUAAAUCAGAAUUAAUUUCAAAUCUCAUUAUAUCAGUUCAAUUUAUAUAUACUCUGUGUACAUACGAAUAAACGCACAUAAAAUAUUUGAAUUUGGCAAAUUUUGCGAAAGAAAAUAAGGUGUAAGUUAGAUAAAAAAAGAAACAUUUUUUGUAUCGAAUUGAAAAGAUGCAUAGGCAAACUAGUCCCUAACACGGAAUGGAUAUGUAUGAAACGGAACUAUAAUCAUACCGCAAUUAUAAAGCAAGCCAAAUUUUGCAUAUGAAAUUAAUGAGUCAAUGUGACACUGAUACCUGUACAAAAUUCGACUUGCGCAAGUUAUCUAAUCCGUGGUUCAAUACGUAAAAAUAUUGUCAUUUAUUGUUUGAAUAUAAUUAAUUAACAUGUAUCUCUCUCACGAACUUAUAUGCAGAUUAACUCGAUUAUCCUAACUUCAGUGUUGGCCUAGUAUGCGCUCGGACGGUGAACGAAAACAUCGUAAACACCGGCUUGCCUACGACCUAAAGUGUCCAUGGCGCGUGUCAGGAUGCUGACCACCUACUUGCCUAUUAGAUUGACAAAUGAUCAUGACACAGACACAGAAAUCUGAGGCCCAGACCUAAAAAGGUUGUAGGACUUUUUUAUUCUAACUUUAAUCAAUUGUAUUGAUUUAAAUCAAAAUAUUAUCAUCAUCUAGGCGCUAAAACCUUGGUCUGGGCGAGCAAGAACCUCUAGUCAGAUGUGAGCUUUCAGUUCUAGAUUCCAUUAAUUAAAAUUCGCUAAUAAAACACAAUUAUUGUUAAAAAAAAUACAGUCCAAAGCCGUUUAAUAGGUUACAAAUCAAACGCAGUUUUAUAAAUUAUUUUAAAAUGAAUAAGGAAAAAUAAUUUAUCUAUGGAAUCAUUGUCACUGGUGUCUAAUUCUCUAUAUAAUAAAUUUGAUAAGAGAUGCUUUUGGGAGACGAUAUAUAAUUUUAAAAUUCAUAUUAUAAGACGCUGUACAGAUGUACAGAGAUCUGAGAGAAUUGAGAUCAAUUCUGCGAAUGAACGCUAGAUUCGAUUAGAAAUGAGUUUGAGAAUCGACUUAGAUCUCGUAUAAGUUCGUGACUAUUUAUUUUAAUAGGUAUGUAAUGAUAAUAUUUUACAUAGACGUGUUUAGUGGUAGAAAAUGGUUAGAACCAGAAAAAAGCUUAAUACGCGAGGGCUUCCUUUUGGCUUAAAAUAUUAUUAUUAUAUCACUUAUCGACAAUAAGUAAGUCAUGUCGUCAAUUUAACCAACGCUUGUAUUUUGUAACUUCCAAUAGCGGUAGCGACUUCAAUAUGGAGAUUAUAUACUAUGUGAUCCGUGAUAAAUUGAAAUAACUAUAAUGAUAUUGGAGAACAGUGUUGGUCUUAAGCGUUAACACAAUAAAGGCUCUUAAAAUAUACUAAAAGCAGUCUUGGCCUAGUGUCUUCAGCGUGUGACUCUCAUCCCUGAGGUCGUAGGUUCAAUUCCGGGCUGUGUACCAAUGGACUUUCUUUCUAUGUGGGCAUUUAUCAUUCGCCCGGUGAACGAAAACGAGAAGAAACCCAAAAACUCGACAGCAUUAGGCACAAGAGGCUGACCAUCUUGGCUAUUACAUUAACAAAUGAUCAUACAGAUAUAGAGAUCUGAGGCUCAGACCUAAAAAGUACAACCUAUUAUUUUACUAAUUUAUACGAUGACGUUAAACAUCGUGAGGAAACAGGCAAGUCUUAGAGCCAACAAAUUAAUGAAUCGGCUAAGGCUGAUUACUUUGUCUACAAAAAUGAUCAAAGCAAAAGAAAAUUGGAUUCGAGAACUCCUCAUUAAAGUCGUUGCUAUCGGAAGUUACAGAUAUAUCGGUGUUCAUUUUAUUUAAUAUUAAGAAUAUAUUUUGUUACUAUAUUCGCAUAUCACAAGCAAUAACAAAUUGAAAUUUUAUUUACAUUUGAAAUAUUUACAAAACAUAUGUUAUAAUUAUUUAACAAAGAUCUAUUUUAUAGUUUGUUAAAAAUAAUUUAAAUAAAAAUAUAUCAGAAUUAUAUAGAAUAUAGUUUUAUCGGAAUACAAUUUUUUUAGUAAUUAAAAACCCAUUGGGUGGAAAUUAAUAAGUCACUAAAUAUGAUAUAACGAAAACUGGUAGUCUAUCAGGUCACAAUCUUGCCUUGAAAACUGUCAAUUGUCAAAGUGAAAGAAUAGGUUCGAUAGCCCAGAAAGGUACAAGUUUUAAAUGCGGUUCUAUAAUUUCUAACUUAUUCAAAAUAUUGUUUUUCUACCGCGCGAUCCUAUUGUAGCGACAUCAGCGCUAUUGAGAGAACUACCUCAAAAUUGGAUACAUAGGAUCGGCCGAUAUUGCUGGCUGUCUUUUAUUUCGAAUUAAAUUUUAUGUUUCGAGAUAUAAGUGUUAAGACACAUUUCGAUAAAACUAUAUAUUAACAUUUAUAGUAAAUUACGCGAGUACAAAGUUGAAUUAAUAUACAUAACAUCGAUUUUCUUUUUGUCUGUGAGAAAUUGUAAUAUUAUUGUAUAGAUAUGAGAUGUAUUAUGCGUUAGACAAUUGAUGUAUCUAGAUGAAUAUACAAGCUUCAUAUGGGAAAAGAAAAUUUUA